CCAUGGAUAGCUGCUUGCAGACAAAAUAGAAUCACGUCUCCACUGGUAUUUUUUGUGAAACUCUAAGAACCAACUCAGCUGGCAUUAUGGAUAAGAGGUGUUAUGGCUGUGCAUCAAAGUUUACUGUCUUCAAGAAACAGAAUGGUUGCAAGAGUUGUGGUCGAGUAUUUUGCUCAAGCUGUCUUGGAUUCAGUGCCACUGUUCCUCGUUGUGGAGACACUCAGCAGAAGGUUUGCAAGCAGUGCCAUGGAGAGUUAACAAGCACACCAUCACAGUCAAAUUCAGCUAGAUGGUCUCCACCAGAGAACUAUAAGAAGCGGAUUGCAGCUCUUGAAGCUAAGCAGAACCAGACACAGAACCCUCAGAAGGGCUUGGUGAAAUCUCAGAGUCAGACAGACGCCAGAUAUCGUGGGUUAUAAGAGGAUAAGAUUCUGAUAGAGAGACUGGAGAGGCUCAAGAAGGCAGCAAGGCCUAAAUCUAUUCCAUCUCAAGCGGAGAUAGAAUCUAGGCUGGCAGCCCUGAAAGUGAACUCUGGAAGACCCAUUCCGACAGCUCAAGAGAUGGAGGACCGUUUGGCAGCCUUGAAAGGCAGAACCCUUCCAUCUGCAGCCCCCAGACCCGUAUACGAGGCCUCCAACAGCAAGACCCAGGUGGAGCAAUCAGACGACCUGCUGAACCAGAUGGCUGAAGAAGUCGCCAUUGAUGAGAGUGGAGCUUAGAUUACAACACAAGAAGUGAGGACACAGAACUGGAAUGAUUUAAAUCAAACAGAUGGCACUGCGGGCAUUUCCGAACUGUCUCUCAGGCAGUUGGAGGAGGAGAAAACUAAACUCUUGGCACAGGCUGCUGCUGAACUCAGGGAGGAGAACACGAGGGAGAAAAGAUUUGGAAGUGGCCAAGCGAUUGGCAGUUCUGAAAGGCAAGAUCCUGAGACAGUUACUUUGGAUGAUUACAAACUCCCUAAUAGUGAUGAAGAAGAGGAGGAAGCCAUCCAGAGAGUUUUGAAACAGCUUACUGAAGAAGCAGCUCUGGAUGAAGCAAGCGGCUUCAAUAUUUCCCCAAAUCAGUCUGCAAUUGUGCAGUCGAAAUCUACUGAGAAAACCAAGGCCCCAGCUCCAGCUAUUGCUAAACAGCUAAUCUGGCCGGCCAAAGUACCAGACAGUGAUGAGGAAGAAUUACCCUGGUGCUGUAUCUGCAAUGAAGAUGCCACUGUGCGUUGCCACAGCUGUGAUGAUGACCUCUAUUGCCAGCGCUGCUUCAGGGAAAGCCACGAUGAGUAUGAUUGGAAGGAGCACAGAACAUCUGGCUAUCGUCCUCCCCGCCAGCAAAAAUGAACCCAAAGAGCAGGAUGGGAAAGGUUUGAAAAAGGCAUCAGCCAGAAAUUUUUCCUCUGUGCAUCAGCUGGGCCACAAAAAUCAACUGUGGAAUCCUGAGGAAGGACAAACCUACACUUGGCAAGAACAAGCAUUCGCAAUGAAGUUAAAUGAGACACUGAAGCUGGUUUGUUUUGUGAAUAAACCAUGGAGAGGGAUAUGGUUAAAUAGGAAGGUUAUUGUGCUCCUGAGGACUAUGAUUAGUGGAAAAAUAUAAUAUGAAUAUUUAAAAAGAUAAUAAAGGAUAUGAAGAAAAUGGUGCAAUGAACUUGUACUCUGU